UGUUAAUGUAUCGGUUCUUAUACGAGUUAAUGUGUGUAUAUAAAUAUGAUAUAUGUGACUGAACCAAACAGAAGCCUUAUUCUCGAAGGAAUAAUAAAGAGAGCCAAAACGACAAAGAGACCCCAUAGACAAAUAGUCUCUUCUUUUCUCUGUUCUUUGAUCGGACCGACCAUCGAUGGAGAGAUACGACAUCUUAAGAGAUCUUGGCUCCGGUAACUUUGGAGUUGCAAAGCUUGUCAGAGAGAAAGCCAACGGAGAGUUUUACGCCGUUAAAUACAUCGAGAGAGGCCUUAAGGCAAGGUAUUAUUUUAAACAACUUAUCUCGGGAGUUAGCUAUUGUCACGCCAUGCAAAUAUGUCACAGAGACCUUAAGCUCGAGAAUACACUCUUAGACGGGAGCCCAUCGUCGCAGCUCAAAAUAUGUGAUUUCGGAUAUUCGAAGUCAUCAGUUUUACACUCUCAGCCAAAAUCCACCGUGGGAACUCCAGCCUAUGUUGCUCCGGAGGUCCUAUCACGAAAAGAAUAUAACGGGAAGAUUGCAGAUGUGUGGUCGUGUGGGGUGACAUUAUAUGUAAUGUUAGUUGGUGCUUAUCCCUUUGAAGAUCCAGAAGAUCCAAGAAACAUUAGAAAAACCAUCCAGAGGAUAUUAAGUGUCCAUUAUACCAUACCAGACUACGUCAGAAUUUCCUCCGAAUGCAAGCAUCUCUUAUCUCGUAUCUUCGUCGCUGACCCUGACAAGAGAAUAACUGUACCGGAAAUCGAAAAGCACCCCUGGUUCUUGAAGGAUCCUCUGCCGGAGAUUUCAGAGGAGCACUGCGACAAUGGAGAUAAGACAGGAGUGGAAGAAGAAGAAAAGGAAGAGAAUUGCCGACAAAGUGUUGAAGAGAUAGUGAAGAUAAUAGAAGAAGCGAGAAAGGGAGUGAAUGGCAAGAAUAAUAAUGGUGGAUUAGGCUUAAUAGAUGGGAGCAUGGAUUUUGACGAUAUUGAUGAUGCUGAUAUUUAUGAUGAAGUUGAUGAUGAUGAUGAGAGAAACGGUGAUUUUGUAUGUGCUCUAUGAUUUCAUAUCCAUAAAUACAUGCAUGCUUGUGUGUUGUAUGUGCAUGCAUGUAUUUUAUAUGUAUGUAUCUUGAGAAUAUCUGAUGAUUUCGCGCGUGUUGCAUAUUUGUAUAAUUAUGUCAAACAAUACACCAAAAUCAAGUCAAAUUAAUAAAGUGUACGUUUUGAGGGUCAUUUAGUUUACGUAUAAGAGUGUAUAUCAUUAAAUCAGCUACUUGUUUUUUUGUGGGAA